AGGAGAAGGUGCUCUCUCCCUCCCUCUCCUUCAACUUCCUCAAUCCAAACAGAGCCUAAGAGCUGGAUUGCACCCCGAUUUGCUAGCAGAUCAAACUAAAAACUUGGUUUUGCACAGCCACCGUCCAGGGGCUUGGCAACGCAACGGGGCCCCGCCUUCCCCGCCUAGCUAAGGCGCAACCAGGCGACCGCCCAACCAAUCGUGCGUUUUGCAACUGCUAAUUUGCAACACUGGCAGCAGGCCGACGUGAGGUCUACCUUUGAAAUCAGGAGGAAACUAGUCUCGAGUUCCAUAAAACUUGGCUUGGGUGGCAAUAAACAAAAAAAAAAAGAAAAAAGAAGAAGAACAAAAGAAUGGUUUUUGGCGAAGAAAGAGCCUAGAGAGAGAGAAAAAAAAUAAAAAGAGAGGCGAUAGAGGGAGGCAUGGAAAGAAACCGUCUGAGAGGAACAAGAAAAUCUCAGAAAGGACAAAAGGCUAAUUACUAGUCGAGAAAGAAAGGCUAGAGAAAGGGAUAGAGAGCAGGAACAAGAACGAGCAGGAUAGAGUUCAGAAAACAGCAAUUCAGUGUAAAGGGAUUCUAUUGCAGUGAGGUUUAACAAGUCCAAUAAUGUGGAAGAACAACAUUUGUAGACAUCUACUGUCUAAGGUGAGACAUUACUCUAGAAUAUCUCCUCCGUCCCCUGCCUCUGUAGAGGAGGUUAUCCGUGUGUCCAACAACAUAGCCUAUUUGGGCAGAGCAAAAGAUGGUCCAAAGCCUAGGCAACUCCUUUCAUUGCCACCAUUCCCUAGUUAUCCUUUGCCUGGAAAAUCCUCUACUGGCCAGCAUGUUCAUGUUACUGCUAUCAGUUGGGUCAAGUAUUACUUUGAUGAAAUUCCAGACUUGACCAUUCAGUCUCAUUUCAACAAAGGCCUCGUCCAAAUUGAGUCAUCAAAUGCAGACAACUCGUUUAUAGAAAAGGAAGGGCAAAUGAAACCUGGGCAAGGUAAACCCUUAAGAAAGGUUAGGCCUAACGAAGUGAUGGAACCAGGGGCUAGAGUUUGGAUACCUGUAUCUGUUGCCGAGACCAGGAUCUCCAAGAGAUUUGACACUAUACCAAGUGGAACCCUUUAUCCAAAUGCAGAUGAGAUUAAAUAUUUGCAAAGACUUGUCAAGUACAAGGACUCUGCAAUACUUGUGCUAAAUAAGCCUCCAAGAUUGCCAGUAAAGGGGAAUCUGCCAGUACAUAACAGCAUGGAUGCAUUAGCAGCUGCAGCUUUGUCUUAUGAUUAUGACGAUGGUCCUAGGUUGGUGCAUCGUCUUGAUAGAGAGAGUAGUGGCAUCUUAUUAAUGGGAAGAACAAAAGAAAGUGUAGCUCAUCUUCAUUGGCUUUUCAGGGACCUAAAUAUGGCCAAAUCCUCAUGCCAGGCUUGGAAUAUUGCAUGUGAAUCUACAUGUCAGCGAUACUGGGCAUUGGUUAUAGGCUCCCCCCGGGAAAAGGAAGGCAUGAUAUCUGCCCCUCUUUCAAAGGUUUUACUUAAUGAUGGUAGGACUGAGAGGAUUAUCCUGUCUCAAAACUCAGGUUUAGAACCUUCACAGGAGGCUGUGACUGAAUAUCGCGUACUUGGUCCUAUGAUAAAUGGAUGCUCCUGGAUUGAACUUCGUCCCCUCACUAGCAGGAAGCAUCAGCUCCGUGUCCAUUGUGCUGAAGCUCUUGGGACUCCAAUAGUUGGUGACUACAAGUAUGGCUGGUUUGUGCAUCGGCGGUGGAAGCAGAUGCCUCGUGUUGACAUUGAGCCAACAACUGGAAAACCAUACAAGUUACGGAGGCCAGAAGGUCUAGAUGUUCAGAAGGGAAGUGUCUUGUCUAAGGUCCCCUUGCUGCAUCUGCAUUGUAGAGAGCUUGUACUUCCUAACAUUGCAAAGUUCCUUCCAGUGUUAAAUCAGAAAUCAGAAAAACUGCCUCCUGGUCUUAGCUCAAAGCCAGACGUCCUUCGCUUUGUAGCAUCAAUGCCUAACCACAUGAAGAUCAGUUGGGAUUUGAUGUCAUCCUAUUUGGUGUAGUCACCAUCCAAGCUCUACCCUUUGACGCCUCCCAAAUCAGUCUUCGUUACCCUUUUUUUUAUUUUAUUUUAUUCUUCUUGAUGGUAAAGAAGUACGUCUCACAAACUCUCAAGUCUCCGUUUACCCUAAAAAAAAAAGGAAGAAAAAUAAAAAGGAAACUCUUUAGUCUUGUCAUAUACCUUACAAACAGUGAAAACAGAAUCUAGCACAAGCUUUUUGUACAAUGACAAGGUGAGCCAAUAGAAAACUAAGGUCAAUGUUCGGUCAAGUUUUUUAACAACCAUUUGCGUGAAGCAGGGGGGUGGGAUCUGGAGCUUAUGUAAAUAAAGAUAGUAAUUUUUU